AUGAGCACUGCUACUUCUAGUGGAAGAGCUAGUAGUAGAAGUGAAGCUAUUGAUAAGAGACUAAGAGUGUCUGAUGAGGUUGUCAGCGCUAUUAGCAACAACAAUGUAUAUUCAGAUGACUCUAUGGUUGGGGUCUUCAGUUCAACUACACCAAGCUAUACAGGGCACGGAUUGUCAAAUGUGAUUUUCACAAUCUUCCCUUAUGCUCAGCAAAGAAUCUAUAGUAGGCAUCUAUAUCAAAACAUGAAGGCAAAGCACCCUGGUAUGCUAUUGAAACUACAUUUUUGGGCUGCCUCACAAGCUUCAACUGAAUCUCAGUUUCGAAAGGAAAUGAAUAGCAUCAAGGAGAUUAAGGAGAAGGUAUAUUUGUAUUUGAAUGAAAACCCCCCGAGGAUGUGGUCAAGGCAUGCCUUUGAUGUAGGAGCAAGGAGUGACCAUAUCACGAACAAUAUGACUGAGUCAUUUUAUCACUGGGUUGGAGACUUAAGGAGCAAACCCAUUCUCACAUUGAUAGAUCACCUAAGGAUGAAAAUAUUGGACAUGCUACAUAGGAGGUAUGAGAAGGCAUCCAUGUGGGAGGGUAAAGUAACACCAAGGGUUAUAGUGAAGUUGAAAAAGGUUCAACAAGAAGCAAGACAUUACAGGUGUCAACCGGCAUGUGAAGAUCAAUUUGAGGUCUUAGAUAAAUUUGAAAACAGAUUUGUGGUUAAUCUGAACUAUUACAGAUCUUCUAUAUCAUACAUAAGGGGAGAGUUGGUUAACUAUUGUGAUUUAUUUUUCACUAUUGGAAAAUACUUGGAUACAUACAAAGAGAUGAUCUAUCCACUUCCAGAUCUGACAGGGUUGAAGCAUGAUGCUCCUAAUGAGAGAAUACUACCACCAAAUCUAAAGAGACAAUAUAAUGGAAAAAUAUAUCUUUCCAUUGAAGAUGCUCGGACUGCAGGAAUGGUGGUUGAAUCAGGUGCUCUGCGAAUCAAACUCCAUCUAGAUUGGUUGAUGGUUGCCGAUGAUCAACGGUCACUGGAUUUCUUCAAUGGUAGCCGAAGAUCGGUUGAUGGUAGCCGACAAUCAGUUGAUGGUAGCUGA